AUGGCAUUGGCUAACCCUGCGCUCUGUCCGCCUCGGCCGUGUGGUUUCUGUGGGAAACGCGAUGCGGAGGGGCGACGGAGGGCUUUUGCGUUUGUCAACUCCGCAGCUUCCCUGCUUUGUGCGGGAAACGGUAGAGCUGAUGGUUAUUCGAAGAGGGUUUCUGAGGGCGGCCAGCCGCGUGCGGUUGCGGUACGCGGGAGGCUGGAGCUUUCGAACUCGCCUGUCGUGGAGAAUGGUCAGGCUCGCGCAAGCGUGGAGAUCCCCGUCACCUGUUAUCAGGUUGGACCUCCGUUCACCUGUGAACUCGUAUUGAUAAUGGUGACCUCCUAUAUCUUUUGGAUCCCAUGUAGUGCUGUGAGCUUGUUCUCCGUCUGAAGCACUUUGAUGGUAGCCUGAAGCAGUAUCGUCCACACCUUUCCUUUCUACUUUAAACACCAUCUCACGGCGAGAAAAUGUUUGAGAUAAACUGCGUUUACCAGCUUACACGUGCUUUCUAUGAGAGCUAGUAUUUCUACGAGUCAAUGAACAUAAUCUUAAAUGAUUUCUUUCCCCACCACAUAGGUGACUGCUCAUUGACGUAUUGAAGAUGAAACCAGGCUAUCUAUUAUAUACAAGUAGGAUCUUCGAAAUCCAAACCUUCAUUCGUGGAUGUGGGAGUUAACUUGAAUGAGAAGCUAUCUAAUCAACAAGGGAUGAUAAAUCAGGCCUCCAAGGGUGAAGAAGCGUUUGAAUAUCAUUCACAUCUCCCUCAGCUACGUUGAUCUUAUGCCCUAAUGAAGUCAUAGGAUGACACCCACCUCCCACUUGUUGUAGCAUCGAAACAUUUCUGGUUAUUUAUUUCUGUUUUUAUUGGUUUUGAAUAAAACGAGGUAUGAAUGAAGGCCCCCGCACCAUAUGUUCCCAAAUAUCUAGUCAAGUCGCACUUCAUCAUACUCAAUUACUCUCAAUAAAUAAACUUGCUACUUAAAAAUCUGUUGCCCUGAUCGGUGAAUAGAUAGUUAAUGUGCCGAAUAGAACGCGGAGAUGCAUGUUCUUCAGCAGUUUAAUACUCCACGAGUGCCCUUUUCCAAAACUCAAGCUCCCCCUGUCUCAAUGCCGAUUUACCCUUUUCCAAAAGAGGCUCAAUGUUCGACACCAGUAGACAUACCUUCCCCAGGAUCCUUACGAUUCGAAUCAAUGUUAGAUUACUUUAACGUAUCUUACCCUCUUAUGGGUAAAAAGCGUGGCAAGAGUGAGUUCGUUGGGUGGGUAGCAUUACUCACACACUCAAAGGAUAUUACUUCUACACAGGAUUCGAAGGUUGAAAAUUUUACGCAAUAUUUCUCAGACUGGUCUAGAACUGUUGGUCAUGGGGUCAAGAUGUCAUAGAGGGAAACUAUAAGUCGAACUAGUUCUCAGACCUUUUGAAAUAAUGGAACCGUGUCUCUUUCCAGGGGUAAGAUCCCAGUAUCAUUAUAUUCGAACAUCCUUCCUGCAUGCCUUAGCUUUCUGCUCAGUUCGCCAGAAAGGUACCGCCAACCUUAAAUACCCUUUUCGCAUCGUCAAAUUCUUCAGUCACUUCUCCUAUAUCUUUCUAUCGUGUCUGUUUUUGCUCCAAAUGUUUCUGUCCUUGAGUAGGUCUGGAUUCACCAAGAAAUCUGAUAAUGCUGUCACUUCCAAGAAUGUUCGGGCUUAAAUGAAAGUACACCAUUUCUGACAGAACGUGGAGAGAAGAUCAUUGGAUGUUUUUGUUUCAUGUACGUUCAAUUACUAAUAUUUAACGUGCAGAUUAUAGGUGUUUCUGAAAAGGCAGAGAAGGAUGAGGUUGUUAAGACAGUGAUGGAGCUGAAGGGUUCUGAGAUUGAAGAUGGAUAUACGAUGGAUGUCAUUCAUUCCCGUCAGGUCUCAAAAAUUCUCUCUUUGUGAUAUCAUGAUUGUGUUCAUGACGAGCAAUAGGAUCUUGGCAAAGAUGUCAUGAAUAUAUUUUUUUGUUUCCUGCGUUUAUAGGACCUUUUGACGGACGUUAGGGAUAAGCUUCUUUUUGAACCAGAGUAUGCUGGCAGUAUAAAAGAAAAAGUUCCUCCAAAGGCUUCUCUUCGUAUUCCAUGGGGGUGGCUUCCUGCUGCUUUAUGUCUUUUGCUAGAGGUGCUUCUCGAAUCUCUGCUUGUCUUUUUUAAGCAAUCUUUUUAGAGAAUCUUGGGUUUUUGAAGCUUAAUUUUUUUUAGAGAAUGGAGCGAAUGCGUGAUAGUUAAAAGCUUCUACCUUGUUAAUAGAGUAAAUGCUACGCUAGUAAUAGGAAUCUAAAUUUCCCUUGUUCAUUGUAUUGUCGUUCUUGCAGCUUAAAAAAAAAAUGAGUUUCAAAUUCCAAUACAAUAAAAAAGUAUCCAAGUUAAUCGAUUGAUGAAUGAUUCAUGGGAGCAAAAAAAAACUAACGGCCCAGCUAGGAACCAGCCAGACCGGAGAAAUAAAAUAAAAUAUUUUAUAUUGAGAGAGAAUGUUUUUUUCUACUGGAGACAUCUGUUUUGAAUAAUUAUUGCUAAAUGUUUUUGUUCUCUAAAAGGACAAUUUUUUUUAAACCCUUACCCUUUUCUCUUUUUGGUCUCAAAGAUGAAUUUUAAUGCUGUUGAAAAGGAUUCAGUACCUUGCCAUGAUACUUUCUUCACUUGUUUCGAAAUACUUAUCCUCCUUGCUGGACUUCAUGCCUAUAAUUCCAUUUGUCUCCUUUUUAACUAGUCAGUGAGCAUUUGUUGGCUUCUUGCUUGGACAUAUCAUGAUGUCACCCUCCAUUUGUUGAUAAUCUGAAUGAAGUACGAAAUCUUCAACUUAGCUAAUGACGAAUUUUCAAUACAAGAAAAGUUUUAAGCAUAGGAAACAUCACUGCAUUUCAUAUAUUUCCUUCAUUUUCAGAGAAGAUCAUCAGAUAUAUUUGAAUAUAUAUUCUAUGUUACGGCAGAAAAUUUUAAGUUUAUUUAAAUUUUGAACCUAAAAUAUUUGGUACGCAUUGUCACUUUAAUCUGUUGAAAUAAGUAUAUCUUCUUUUUUUCAAAAUAUAAACAUUGUUAAAUAAACAUUUUCAUUCCACGCAGUGCAUGCUUUCUAUCAGGUCAUUUAUCCUAUAAGGCAAGGUAAAAAAGUGGGCAAUGUUCAAUAUGAAUGUGGAUAGAGAAGAGGAAUCUUGAAAUCAAACAAAAGUUCAACUUUCUGGAUUAUCAGUAAACAAACGGGAAAUGCAAUUGUGAUGGGUUAUCAUUUAAGAAAAUCAGGAUAUGGAAUAGUUAAAAAAAGUGUGAGUUGUUUCAGAUUUUCCUUCAUUAAUGCUCUCAGGAAAAUUAAUCCACAUUUUCUGGUAUUCAUCUUCAAACAGUUUUCACCUGUAGAUAAUUAAAAGCCCAUGAUAUGAUAUUUGUUUUCCUUUCAUUAAGUUAGACGCAAUGCUUUUGUUACCGUAUUGUCUAUUCCUUUUCCAAGGCAGUAUUCUGCUCUUGUUAGCUGAAGUUUAAAAAUUUCACAAGUUUGUUAUCUGCAUAUGCCAAGGUUGAGCGUUUUCCAGUUAUGGUAAGUUCCAUGAUCUAAUUUGUGUAGCUACAAUUUUUCAAUGGAGAAGCGGUAAUCAGACUGAUGCGUCAUUGUACCUUUUAAUAUAUUUGAGAUCUUUAUUAUAACUUUUAAUAAAUUUAGACAUGUUCAUGCUUCAAAAGAGGGAAACUAAAUUGUAUUUUUGAUUGAGAUGACUCUCUCUCCUCUGUCUUGGAGAGAGGUCAAAAUACGCCGGGGCCAUAUAAGGUUGAACCUAUUGGGUUAACUAAUCACUAUUCUAGCAUACUCUGUGAUCAAAGGUUUAUAUGAAUAUCUAUGCUUUGCAUGCACCACCAAUGUCUUCUUGUGGCAGUUGUAUGACAACCUUUUCAAUCUCUUUCGAACCAAUUAACAUUUUUUCUCUUUCAUUUGUAGAGCCUAUUCUUUAUGUUUCUCUCUUUGUACAGGAUACAUGAAAUCUGAAUUGCUGGUGUAGGUUGGUGAAGAUAAAUUCUUUAUGUUUCUCUUCUUUGUAGAGGGCAUGAAAUCUGAAUUGCUGGUGUAGGUUGGUGAAGAUAAACUGGUCCUUGAAAUUGGCAGAGUAGCUUUGCAGCAUCAAGGUUCCAAGUUAUAUGUUCACGAUCUGCUUCUGUCAAUGGCACUAGCUGAAGUAAGGAAUAUUUCUUUGAAGCAGCUUGUCAAUUACCGUUUCAUCUCCACCGUCCACUCACGCCAAUUAUAUUGUUUGAAGUGCUCAAUUGCUAAGAUUGCGUUCGAGACGAACAAAGUAUCCCAAGGGUUUGAAGCCCUUGCUCGAUCUCAGUACCUUCUAAGAAGCAAAAGUUCCUUGGAAAAGCUGCCUUUACUAUCACAGGCAAGUGCCUCAUUUGGAAUUAUAUGUUUCUCAUGGAGAAUUUCUUGAUUCUUUCUUGAUUGGGAUGUUUCCAGAUUGAGGAAUCCUUAGAGGAGCUUGCGCCUGCUUGCACUCUUGAGCUACUUAGCAUGCCUCAGAUACCUGAGAAUGGUGAACGAAGACGAGGAGCAAUUGCUGCUUUGCAAGAACUUCUUAGACAAGGACUCGAAGUUGAGACUUCCUGUAGAGUUCAGGAUUGGCCGUGUUUCUUGCUUCAAGCAUUGAAUAGGCUGAUGGCUGCGGAAAUAGUGGAUCUUCUUCCCUGGGAUGUCUUGGCUACUACCCGCAAGAACAAGAAAUCGCUCGAGUCUCAGAACCAAAGAAUUAUAAUCGAUUUUAAUUGUUUUUAUGUGGUUAUGAUUGCUCAUGUUGCACUGGGUUUUUCGACCAGACAAAAGGAUUUGGUGAGCGCUGAUGUUAGGUUAUUUGUCGAUAAGCUUUUUCCCUACUUCAUUUAACUUUGACGCUUAUAAAAUGCAGAUCGGUAAAGCAAUGAAAAUCUGUGAAUGUUUGGUCGCUUCAGAGGGUACAGAUUUGAAGUUUGAAGAAGCAUUCUGUUCUCUGCUGCUUGGGCAGGUAGCAAAUGAUUUUUUUUUUCAUAUAAUAACCUUGGGAAAGCCUAAAUUUAGAUGAUCAGGGAAUCGAAACCGCUGCUGUUGAAGAGCUUCAUCAGCUUCAAUCCAAUGGGAGUUCAGUAUCACGGAAUGUUGAAGUGAAAAGUUCAAGUAAAGAAACCAAUGGAAAAACUGGCAUAAAUCAGUCAGUGGUAUGCUGUUCUAUUCUUGUGUACAUUUUCUCCAUUAUUUUUAAUAUCAUGGCUAGGGAUCCAUGUGUUUCUAAAUCAUUGUUCUCGUCGUCUUUUGGACCCUCGUCUCAUCUUAUCCGGAUUCAACUUGAUUUGUAACUCAGGAUCCUAGCAUGUAUCUAAUAUGUUCAUGGAAAAAUCUUCCAGAUCUGGAUGCUGGCUAGCUAUAUAAAUUCUAUUUGAUGUUCUUAUGGUAAAUUCUAUUCGUUGCCUGAUUACAACAUUCAUAUUUUUGUCAUAAUAGGAAAAUAACACUUAUUUUUCCAAACAUCAAUGGCUGCUCCACCUGCUGUGAAAAUAAAAUAAAAUAAAUCCAUUUAGGGGAUAAAUAAAAUUGAUUAGAAUCUGAUGAACACAUUAUUAUUUUUAUUUUAUCGAAUGUUUACGGGAAGACCUGGUUAAAUUUUGCAUGGCUUCUAAUCUAUAUCCUUGGUAUCUACUGACGCAAGGUCGUCAUCAGGGUCAAAUGAGGCCUAUUAACAUUUUGUUUCCGUUUUUCACUGGUGGAUCACAAAAAAGUUGAGAGUGGCAUGCAGAGUUUGUUUUUGAUCCUUAAGGGCAAGAAAUUUGCAAGUUCAAUGAGAUAAAUGAGAGAAAUAUUAAGUUACUUUCAAGAAAUGGUAGCCUGAUAAUCUGGUGGCUGGGGAGAAUGAGGGAUCAGACAUAACUUCGCUUCACAUGAGGGGAAUCAUGCAGGAGUUUUUUAUAGGCUUGGAGGACUACAAAGAGGCGGCUAUUACCUUUGUUGAAAGUCCCCUAAAAAUAUUAGACAGUCAUAGAAGGCUACUCAAAAGUGGAGUCCGUUCAGCAGAGAUCAUAGGGAACUGGUAGGGUGCAUGGAAAAACGUACUAGGUUUUAAAUUUUUUUCUUUCUUCGUCUUGAAACCUGCCAUGUGCAUAUCUGAUAUUACAACCUUCUAACCUCGGAAAUUUCCUGGGCUUGAUAAGGUUUUAUUAAUAGAAUGACGAUUAAGGUAAGCAGAAUGCAUACAUAAAUUUGAAUUCCUCCCUUUCCAAUGUUGUUACGUUUAAGACUUCAUAUGCAUAAUGAUACUUAUCUUGAGGUAACAUGUUUCUUAUCUUAAAAUAAUUUCUAGUAGGCUGGUUUCCUGCCUUAGAUUGUCUUAUCCCAGAUGACAUGCUGAUAUUGACCAGGAAAUAUGGCUGAAGGAUUCUGUGCUAAGUGUGUUUCCAGACACACGGGAUUGCCCUCCAUCACUUGUGAGUGUAGUUUACUCAUAUCCCUAAGCAGUUAUUUUCUGAGGAGAAACCUCAUCCUGUCGUAUAUUGCAGGCGAAUUUUUUUGGGCCCCAAAAGCGGAUACUAGGAGGAAUUAACUACCAUAAAGGAACUGCCAAACCAAACCCAGAUAUGAGCCAUAGAUCGUCUCCUUAUUUCUCUCUUAAUAAAAAAUCUCUCGAGGAUACUACGCAGCUGAACUCUACAAGACAGAUGGGAGAAGCUGUGAAGCAACUGGCUCCAUCUAACAUAGGGAAGCAGCUUACGGAUGAUAAUUCUGGCUAUAGUACUGACAAUCAAUCUGUUCAACGAAAAUCAAGCCUUGGAGUGCGUCACAGAAGAACCUUGGAAGGCUGGUGGGGCAGGGAAAAAACACCCGGCGCAAUUGCUUGUGUGGCAGUGCUGGGUUGCAUUGUAUUUUCCGCGCUCCGGCUGUUCAGCAUGAAAUUUUGGCGGACAAGACCUCCAACUAUAUUGAACGAUACUUGUGCCACUGGGAAAGCGAGUAUGUCUUCUCGGCUUGUGGGCGACACAGAUCCAAAGAUCAGACCUGAUAAUGGUGUCCGUGGUAAUUUAGCUCAGAAGCUCGGGGAACUCUUGAAAAUGUCCCAGCAGCAGCUGCACCCAACUGACGUUGGAAUUGUGGAGAACUCUUGGUCUCCUGAUAUUCAUUUCAAUUUGCCCACGGCAUCUGCUGCUGUUGGUGGCAUGAUCCACAGAAGGCAGAUGCCUCUGGAAGAAGCAGAAGCCCUUCUGAGAAAAUGGCAAGCAAUCAAAGCUGAGGCUUUGGGAUCCUGUCACCAGGUCGAGAUCCUCUCUGAUAUUCUCGCCGAAGCAAUGCUCUCACAGGUAAGUUUUAGAGAUUUUGUAGGUCGACAAUUAAUGCUGGAUUAAAACACGGUGGUGAUUCAUAGUAGUAAUUUGAUGCCUUUGCUACUGGGACAGUGGAAAGGUCUGGCGAAUUCUGCAAAAGCAAGGUCAUGUUUUUGGAGAGUUGUUCUGUUACAGCUAUCCAUCCUGCGUGCUGAAAUUUUAUCGGACGGAGUUGGUGGAGAGGUGGCUGAGAUUGAAGCAGCGCUCGAAGAAGCAGCAGAGCUUGUUGAUGCAGCCCAGCCCAAGAGCUCUAAUUACUACAGGUUAGAUAUUGAAACCAAGGUACUGCCGCCUGAUUUGCCAUUUUGACGGCUGCCUAGUCAUCAACUUGCUUUCAAUGCUCUUUGCAGCUCGUACAAAAUCCUUUAUAUUCUGAAGAAAAAUCAUGAUGGAUCAUGGAGAUUUUGCGAGGGAAGUAUCCAGAGAGAAUCUCCAUCGUUAUGA